AUGGAGGAAAUGGAAACCAAGCUCUGCAGCAGUGAUAAAGAGGAAACUUUCAAAAGAGAACUACCGUACUGCAUAGGAGAAAUAGACUUCACAGCUUCUGGGAAGAAACAUGGAAAGUUUAUUAAGGUCCCGAGUACCAUUCACCCUGGAAUUAUAUUCGAAGUUAUGCUCAACAAAUGGAAGCUACCUGCUCCCAAUUUGGUUGUCUCUUUAGUGGGGGAAGAAGAAAAUUUCCAGAUGAAGCCUUGGCUACGGGACACCUUAAAGAAAGGACUUAUAAAGGCAGCUCAAAGCACAGGUGCCUGGAUUUUUACCAGUGCUUUACGUGUAGGAAUAACAAGACACUUAGUGCAAGCAGUCCGAGAUCUUGCACUGGCUAGCACUUCAUCCAGAGCGAGCGUGAUUGCCAUAGGAAUAACUUCACUCAGAAAAAUUCAGCACAGAGAAAUUCUGGACAACACAAAGAAUGAAAGUCUUGUACACUAUCAAUCAGAUGAUGAUAUUCGAGGCCCACCAUAUUCCUUGGACCACAACCAUUCCCAUUUUAUUUUGGUGGACCAUGUAACACCAGAUGAGCCAGAUGGAACCACUAAGCUACGUUUCGCCUUGGAAAAGCAUAUUUCAGAACAGCGCACUGGAUAUGGUGGAACGGGUAGCAUUGAGAUCCCUGUGCUUUGCUUAUUGGUAAAUGGAGGACCAGGCACACUUGAGAGAGUCUGCAGCGGUUUGGAAAAUUCUGCUCCCUGGCUUAUCUUAGCGGGGUCUGGAGGCACAGCUGAUAUCUUAGCUGAAUUCAUGAAUGACCCACAGCUUAUCAUGCCAGAAGCUGUUGAAAAGCAAUUUAAGGAGAAAUUCCCUGCAGAAAGCUUCUUGUGGAAGGACAUUCUUCAGUGGACGCUAACAAUUCAAAAUAUUGUUUCACACCAGCAUCUUUUAACUCUGCACAGUUUUGAGCAAGAAGGUUCAGAAGAACUGGACACAGUCAUUUUAAAAGCUUUAGUAAAAGCCUGCAAAAGUCAGAGUCAGGAGGCCCAAGAGUAUCUGGAUGAACUGAAGCUGGCGGUGGCCUGGAAUAGAGUCGAUAUUGCUAAAAGUGAAAUAUUCAAUGGUGACGUGGAGUGGAAGUCCUGUGACCUGGAGGAAGUGAUGAUGGAUGCUCUGGUCAAUGACAAACCAGAAUUUGUAAAAUUAUUUAUUGACAAUGGGGCUAACAUAUAUGAAUUCCUGACCUACAGUCGUCUGCAGCGACUCUACUGUUCCAUUUCUCAGAAAUGUCUCCUCUAUGAACUUCUUAUGAAGAAGCAUGAAGAAAACAAGCUGACCUUGGCAGGGCUCACUGGUCAACACGAAAAUGAGCAGAAGGAGAUCUCCCCACUGUUCACUCUCAAUGAGGUCUCUAGAGUUCUCAGGGAUUUUCUUCAUGAUGCAUGCAAAGGUUUCUAUCAAGACCUCAGACACGGAGGCAAGAAAAAAUCUGAUAAAAUGAAUACAAAGCGAUUACCUGGACCCUUGGAUAUGAACCAGAAAAGUGAAAAUCCUUGGAGAGAUUUGUUUGUAUGGGCAGUACUUCAAAACCGGCACAAGAUGGCAAACUAUUUCUGGGCUAUGGGGCAGGAGGGUGUAGCUUCAGCUCUGGCAGCCUGCAAGAUCCUUAAAGAAAUGUCCCGCCUGGAGACCGAGACCAAAGCAGCCUGUAUAAUGAAAGAGGCCAAGUAUGAGCAGCUCGCUGUCGAACUGUUUAGUGAAUGCUACCACAACAGUGAGGAGAGAGCAUUUGCUCUGUUGGUGAGGAAAAAUCAGUACUGGAGCAGAACCACUUGCCUUCAGCUUGCUACAGAAGCAGAUGCAAAGUCUUUCUUUGCACAUGACGGUGUCCAGGCCUUCCUGACAAAAAUAUGGUGGGGAGACAUGUCAACAAGCACACAGAUCCUGAAGUUAAUCUGUGGGUUCUGGUGUCCUUUCCUAAUCUACACAAAUUUAAUAGCAUUCAGUGAGGAAAAACAACCAAAGAAUGAGCCAGAGCCAUCAAGAGAGCUGGACAGUUUGGAUACAGAGAGGACUCUGUUUUUUUCCAAGGAAGAAGAUAGAGGAAAUGCUAAAUUGGAAAAACAGAACCCUUCUGAAAACACAGCGUGGGCAACAUUCAUGUUUAUCCGGUGGAGAAAAUUCUGGAAUGCCCCUGUAACUGUAUUUAUGGGGAAUGUUAUAAUGUACUUUGCUUUUCUGUUUCUAUUUACUUAUGUCCUUUUACUGGACUUUAAACCACCUCCACCUGAUGGUCCAUCUGUUAAAGAAAUUAUACUAUACUUCUGGGUGUUUACCCUUGUCUUGGAAGAGAUCCGACAGAGUUUCUAUACAGAUGAAGACACAAAUUUAAUGAAAAAAUUUAAACUGUAUGUGGAGGAUAACUGGAAUAAAUGUGAUAUGGUGGCCAUCUUUCUCUUCAUAAUUGGGGUAACCUGCAGGAUGCUGAACUCAACUUUCCAAGCCGGCCGUACAAUACUUGCCAUUGAUUUUAUGGUGUUUACACUUAGACUUAUACAUAUUUUUGCAAUUCACAAACAACUUGGACCAAAGAUCAUAAUUGUGGAAAGGAUGAUGAAGGAUGUUUUCUUCUUUCUGUUCUUCUUGAGUGUGUGGCUCAUUGCCUACGGUGUGACAACUCAAGCUCUACUUCAUCCUGAUGACAGACAAGUGGAAUGGAUAUUCAGAAGGGUGCUUUAUCGUCCCUACCUUCAGAUAUUUGGUCAGAUUCCACUGGAUGAAAUAGACACAUCACGAACAUAUCCCAGGAACUGCACAUUUAAUCCACUGCAGAUUCUGCAGGAGAACACACCAUCGUGUCCUAAUAGCUAUGCCAACUGGCUUGUCAUACUUCUGCUGGUCAUAUUCCUACUAGUCACAAAUGUUCUGCUUAUGAAUCUCCUGAUUGCAAUGUUCAGUUAUACUUUUCAAGUUGUUCAGGGCAAUACAGACAUCUUCUGGAAAGUUCAGCGCUACAACCUGAUUGUGGAAUAUCAUGGCCGUCCUGCCUUAGCACCACCAUUUAUCAUUAUUAACCACAUAACUCUGGUUCUCAGAAGACUCUUCAACAAAAUGGAACAUAAAAAAAACAUCUGGGUGAAAAGAGAUCUUCCAGUGGGCCUAGAUCAAAAAAUCAUAACAUGGGAGCUGAUGCAAAAGGAACAUUAUCUCAUAAACCUUGAACAAGAAAAGAAAGAAAGCAAUGAAGAAAGGCUGAAGGCCACAUCUAAUAAGGUAGAUAAUUUGUCGAAAUAUUUUAGUGGGUUGAAAGAACAAGAAAAACGGUUUAAAGUUCUGGAAGCCCAAAUUUGUUAUUGUACAGCUGUUAUCUCCUCAAUGGCAGAGGUCUUAACCAAAAAGAACCUCCUGAGCACCCAACCAGCUCCAAACUAUACAUGUGUGAUGAAUGCCAACACAGAAUGGCCUUUGCCAGAAAGAAGUGAAAGAGAAGAGCAUGCAGAUCAGUUUGAGAAUGACAUCGCAUACAUCGAUAAUUAA